AUAGGAGAAACCUAAAAGAUAACUAACCAUUAACCAAAGCCAGCAAGCACCAAAAAUUUGGCCAGCAAAAAAAUACCAUAUUGUCUCAUUCCACUUUGAAUCACAAAAGUAGAAUCAUGCCAAUCCACUUGUCUUUCCAUUUCAAGCACUACAAACAAGGGAAGAACCCUUCACUUUGCUCAUACCCACCUCAUCAAAUUCCACCUAAAUACUUCUCUCACUUUGCUCAAUCAUCUAUAUAGCCUAAGAGUUGUCAAGAUUCCAUUUUUAUAGUUGUUGGUGUCUGUAAUCUUGGAAUUUGAACAAUUUAAAGUGAAAAGAUUCAAGUUUUUACAAUUCUCUCUGCUUUUGCAGCUGCAGAGCUGCAGAAGUAAAGAAUUGGAUAGCUUAAAACCCACAAGGCAAAAGUUCUAGUCUUGUUUGGUUAACUUUCCAGGGAGCCCAAAAUUUUGUGAAAUAGAGAAAUGUGUACCUUGAGUUUUAUGUUUCCUAAUUCACUUCUUGAUGGUACCUGCAAGACUGUAGCUUUGGGUGAUAGCAAACCAAGAUACAACAAACAGAGAAGUUCUUGUUUCGACCCUUUCAGAAUUGGAAAUUGUACUGAUCAGCAGCAGCUUUGUGGCUUGAGUUGGGGGGUGGACAAGGCUAAGGGAAGAAGAGGGGGUACUGUUUCCAAUUUGAAAGCAGUUGUAGAUGUAGACAAAAGAAUGCAGAGCUAUGGCAGUAGUGAUGUAGAAGGAAAUGAGAGUGGCAGCUAUGAUGCCAUUGUUAUAGGUUCAGGAAUAGGUGGAUUGGUGGCAGCGACGCAGCUGGCGGUUAAGGGAGCUAAGGUUUUAGUUCUGGAGAAGUAUGUUAUUCCUGGUGGAAGCUCUGGCUUUUACGAGAGGGAUGGUUAUAAGUUUGACGUUGGUUCAUCAGUGAUGUUUGGAUUCAGUGAUAAGGGAAACCUCAAUUUAAUUACUCAAGCAUUGGCAGCAGUAGGACGUAAAUUAGAAGUUAUACCUGACCCAACAACUGUACAUUUCCACCUGCCAAAUGACCUUUCUGUUCGUAUACACCGAGAAUAUGAUGACUUCGUUGAAGAGCUUGUGAGUAAAUUUCCGCAUGAAAAGGAAGGGAUUAUCAAAUUCUACAGUGAAUGCUGGAAGAUCUUUAAUUCUCUGAAUUCAUUGGAACUGAAGUCAUUGGAGGAACCCAUCUACCUUUUUGGCCAGUUCUUUAAGAAGCCCCUUGAAUGCUUGACUCUUGCCUACUAUUUGCCCCAGAAUGCUGGUAGCAUCGCUCGGAAGUAUAUAAGAGAUCCUGGGUUGCUGUCUUUUAUAGAUGCAGAGUGCUUUAUCGUGAGUACAGUUAAUGCAUUACAAACACCAAUGAUCAAUGCAAGCAUGGUUCUAUGUGACAGACAUUUUGGCGGAAUCAACUACCCCGUUGGUGGAGUUGGCGAGAUCGCCAAAUCCUUAGCAAAAGGCUUGGAUGAUCACGGAAGUCAGAUAAUUUAUAGGGCAAAUGUUACAAGUAUCAUUUUGGACAAUGGCAAAGCUGUGGGAGUGAAGCUUUCUGACGGAAGGAAGUUUUAUGCUAAAACCAUAGUAUCGAAUGCUACCAGAUGGGAUACUUUUGGAAAGCUUUUAAAAGCUGAGAAUCUGCCAAAAGAAGAAGAAAAAUUCCAGAAAGCUUAUGUAAAAGCACCUUCUUUUCUUUCUAUUCAUAUGGGAGUUAAAGCAGAUGUACUCCCACCAGACACAGAUUGUCACCAUUUUGUCCUCGAGGAUGAUUGGACAAAUUUGGAGAAACCAUAUGGAAGUAUAUUCUUGAGCAUUCCAACAGUUCUUGAUUCCUCAUUGGCCCCAGAAGGACACCAUAUUCUUCACAUUUUUACAACAUCGAGCAUCGAAGAUUGGGAGGGACUCUCUCCGAAAGACUAUGAAGCGAAGAAAGAGGUUGUUGCUGAAAGGAUUAUAAGCAGACUUGAAAAAACACUCUUCCCAGGGCUUAAGUCAUCUAUUCUCUUUAAGGAGGUGGGAACACCAAAGACCCACAGACGAUACCUUGCUCGUGAUAGUGGUACCUAUGGACCAAUGCCACGCGGAACACCUAAGGGACUCCUGGGAAUGCCUUUCAAUACCACUGCUAUAGAUGGUCUAUAUUGUGUUGGCGAUAGUUGCUUCCCAGGACAAGGUGUUAUAGCUGUAGCCUUUUCAGGAGUAAUGUGCGCUCAUCGUGUUGCAGCUGACUUAGGGUUUGAGAAAAAAUCAGAUGUGCUGGACAGUGCUCUUCUUAGACUACUUGGUUGGUUAAGGACACUAGCAUGAUAUCUACUUGUUAAGCUAAAAAGAAACAUUUGACACAAAAAAAGAAAGUUCAUUAUGUAUUUACUUUUUCUUUAUAUCAAUAAACUGGAAAAUGAGGUUCCAAUUGAGGUUCCUCCAGUAUAGAAAUCACAGAUUUUAAUUUUGCAAAUCUGCUAAUUGUCUUCUUUUUCUUUU